AUGGCUGCGUUCACUGUAGCGAGAGUCAACAUGGCCGCGUUCACUGUAGCGAGAGUCAACAUGGCUGCGUUCUACAGCGGGCAGGAACAGGAGCACCAGACCCUCAACUGUCUUCUGGCCAAGCAGCUGUGUGAUGAAGACUCCAACUGUUCUGCCAUCCUCAAAGUCAUCCCGACUCUCUGUGGCCCUGAACUAGUGGCUUGUUCUACGGUGACAGUGUCGAGGUGUCAGGCGGCACUGAGGACGUUGGUUCAGUUCCCAUGGUUUAGGCCAACUUGUCUCUGUAAGGAGCCAAGACUCGACCCACAGUGUAACGCCUUCAGGGACCUCGUCUUCGACCACCCCUGCGUCUUCGUCACCAGGAGAGAAGUAGACAUGCAUCCACUCCGGUUCAUUCCUACCUGUGGAGAGGCUGCGGACAUCUGCCGAGACAACCCUUGGUGUAAACAGAGGCUUGACAUGUUCCGUAGUACCUGCAAGUUCCGUGAGAGACAUUGCCUUAAUCCAGACAGGGAGGACUGUAUGAAGUCGUGGCUGCAGCUGAGAGAGACGCCGCUACUGGGAUGUAUCUGUCCUGACGAUCACGACAAGAAGUGUUCCCGCCUCUACUCCCUGGUGAACGAGAACCCGUGUGUGGGGGAGAGUUAUCAGGGGCGCGUGGCACUUAUGUCUCGGGUGAGUGCCGCCCUGAGCACUCAGCUCACCCGGCCGGUGCCAGUGCCAACAGGGGCUGCCACGCUCCUCAUCAUCUCCUCCUCCCACGCUGAUCCUCUCUACCCCCUCUCCACCAUCCACCACUACCUCCAGCACCUCCCGGCCUCCAGUACGUGCCUCCACAGUUCCGCCCGUCACAUGCGUAAAUCUGACCUGUAUAAUACUCACAUCUGUUGCCACACCUGUCUCAAGUGCACCUCACAUCUGUUGCCACACCUGUCUCAAGUGCACCUCACACCUGUUGCCACACCUGUCUCAAGUGCACCUUACACCUGGCUUCUAUAUAUAACUAACACACAACGCAGUACUAAAAUAAAACAUUCUCCUAAGUUUGUCGUCUAUCUCGAGGCAACAGUUCCACCCAACCAAGUUAGCAGCGUCACCCCCUUCCUGACUCACCGCCUUGUUACAAGACACCAGUUGGCACCUAUCCUCACCGUCACCGCACCAGUUCUCUCUCUCUCUCUCUCACCAGCACCGCUCAGAGAUUAUAUAGCUUGUGUUUGUGUCUGUAGUAAGGCGUCGUCCACUAUGGCAGUCUCAGAGAUUCAGGCAGACCACAACGUGUCUCUGGAGCAGCUGAAGCACGUGGCCAGUACCUGUCACUCCGCCCUCGAGGACUGUGUGGCUGAGUCUGGCUGUCGAAGCCACCUGGAGUUGGUGAGUAGCCAGUGUGACUUCGCCUACUGCCACAAGGACGCCUGCAGGAGCUCCAUCCAGGACAUCUACAAGUACCUGAUGGAGAACAACCAAGACCUCGCCCUUAAGAUCGCCCUCUGCGUCUGUAGGAACGACAGUGAGAGGAGUCAGGCACGAUGUAUGCGCGGGCAGCGACGUCUUCAUCCGCCCUGUGCGCUGAUGACAGACUCCAUGACAGAUAACCAGUGUCACAACCUCGGCCGUGACUGUCGUAGUGACCGUGUCUGCAGGUACAGGCUGGAGCACUACGAACUGUCGUGUGCAGCGGACACUAUGACAGGGAGGUGUGCGGGCCAACAUCAGGAGUGUACCAAGGCCAUGCUUAGCCUGCUGGGUACUGACCUGCACACCAACUGUGUGUGUAAGGGAAACUCCUUCCAGGACAUCAACCAGUGCCUCGCCUGGAAGCGUCUCCUCUGGGGCAUCCCUUGUGUAGUUGAGUCUCAGUUGACGUACCACUUGGCUCAGCUGGGUCUGGAUACUGAGGUGUUGGUGUCCUCCUUCACUGACGACCACCACGACCACCACGACCAGCACCAGGGAGAGAAGGACCCGGCGCCCCAGUAUCCAGUAGGUCGUGGGGACAACUACCACGACGACAACGGAUACGACCCAGUAGACGACCAGAAGGAUGCAAAUGCCAAGCUGAUGCAGGUGGACGGCACACGACUACAGGCGAGGAAGGUAGCGAGCACCGCCCAGAGUGACCACACCCUCCCUCAGGCUGCUCCUGCAGCCCCGUCCUCCUCCACCACAACUACCACCACUACUAGCACUACCACGACCAUUCUCCCGGAUAGAUAUUGCGUGGUUCAACAGACGGACGACUCUCCAACACACAUCCUGAAGGAGGGCGACAGUAUGAGGUUAUACAAAGAAGGUGACCAAGACUGUUCUGAACUCUGUUACUGUGAACGCCACAAUCAUACCAAAUGUAAGGUGCUGGAGUGCGUGGAGAACAAGCCGUGUGAGACUAACUUCGCCGUGUACAACCACAACGCCCCGGCCUACCAAGCUUACAGGGGCGAGUGUAUCUGUUACUCUGGGGACUUCAUCUGCCAGCGCCCCAAACCAGAGGAAUUCGAGUUACCGACGGGACUGUUCCUGCUGCUGGGGUUCAGCAAGACGGAGGAGGCGCUGCUGAGGAACGUGACGGGCGGCACCGCUAUCGAGGCUCUUGCUCCCCUGCAGGAGAUCUUCACCACCAUCUCUGCUAACAUGGGCGAGGAGUGUCGACUUGAAGUGUUCCAGCACACGAGGGACAACUUGGUGCUUCAAGUGCGACACAUCGAUGUGUCUUCUAGCGUCGUCAACAACACCUACACCCUCAAUAUGCUGCAGGAGGAGAGGAACCGAUGCGACCGGCCCAUCAGUAAGGUGGUGAAGAUGAUCAACUAUCGAGAACCCAAGAUCCACCACGACGUGCGUCUCUCCCUCUUCGUGUUGGCUGAGGUUAUAGACACCGUUCCCAGCCCUCAGAGGAUCAGCGGUGGGCAAGCUUGUCCCGAUAGCGUGGGCGCGUGCUGGUUGGCGUGGGUGACGGGCGUGGCGCUGGUGUUGAUGGGGAGACUCCACACGAUAGACUGGAGGGCGGCGAGUGUGUUGUGAUACCCCCAUUAUCCUAACACUUAUUCUCGCGGGCAACAAGAAAUAGAGGAAUAAGGAUGUAAAUAAAAGAAUUGUAGAGCGUUAAGAGGAUGAAGAUUUUAAUGUUUAUUUUGUAAAUAAACUAGUAGGAGUUGUUUUAGUUAAGUAGUGGAGUAUACCAAACUGACGUAGACAGUUGUGUGUGGAGUAUAUCUUUCUGAGUUUGUCGCCGCUGUCAGCAACUGUACAUUGGGUGGAUGAUUUUUUUUUGGGUUCGUGUAGAGGUGUAUUUCGAUGUUUGGCCGCACUCACUGUUCCGCCGCCAACAAUUGUAAGAGUAAAGUCGUCAGGUGGCUGCAGUAUCAUCAGAUGUGCUUAUUUUAUAAUUAGAUCAAUAUUGCUGCCAGUUGAUGUGUAUUCCUUGGAGGAUGGUGAUGCCACGGGCUGUCUGGUUUGUUUUAGCUUUUCUUGACAGAGGCUGCAGCUGGCCAGUAUGACGUCACCAUUGUCUCGGGGCUUCUUUCGUGAGCAGCAACUUCUCAGCGGUGUUUCCUUUGCCUACUGUGUUAGCAGAUGUUUUGUUAGAGGUCAGUAACUUGUGUACAGUCAGCGUCACAUUACCGUUACACUUACAGCUCUGAGAGACACAGCGUCACACUACCGUCACACUCACAUCUCUAAGGGACACACCAGUGAUAUAUCCAGUCGUUACAUUGUCCUCCUGAAAAUUUCAGUCAUUGGUUCUUUUCAGUGAAAUGACAAACAAAAUUUCACUUAAACUCGACAGAAUUUAAAUGUUGUCUCUGGUCCCAAAUUUCAGGAAGAAAUUACCAAAUAAUUUAAUUCAGCUCCCGGUGAGGCGUGUCCCACUCCCUCCCACAAUUACUGUACAUACUGUAGAGGGACGUUGUGAAGGCGGUGGUUCUCGCUGUGUGAGGGUAGUGGACAACAUCACACACUCAUCCUUCAACACCACGUUACAGUAUAAGAUUUGUAAUUAGUGUAUGUAAUUAUGUAAUUAGACAACGUGUAAAAGUUAACAAAGCAAUGUGAAGAAACACCUACGCAAUAAGCGGAUCAUGUUUAUACAUUCAUAGACACACACACACACACAGGGCACUCGGGCAUCUGAGGUUCCCGGUCCCUGACGCCUGAUGUUGAUAUGAGACGAAUAGCAGUAAAACAAUGGCAAGACCCUGUGCUGCAGGACGCUGUGAAGUAAGUUACAGCGUCCAGCACGGCGAGGUUCAAUGCAAAGGGUUCAGUACACUCAAACAUGUAAGUUCCCCUUGACCCGAUAAUUUAUGUCACUUUAACAGGGAAAUGUCAUCAGCAUCUUACGUCCGACUCUGUUCAUAUGACAUUAAAAAUAUCGCCACCAUUACUUCCUGGUUCACACGCAGGGUAAGGCAGGUCAGCAAGGAACAGCGGCAAUACUGAGGGGGUUGAAUGAGAUCCUCAUGUUGGCAUUGUCUCCUGUAGUGGGGCAGGUCGGGUGGGGGGGUUGUUAGCGGUGUCACCAUAGGUCACCGCCUCACCUGGGAACACCUUCAACCGUACGUCACCUCCCACCAACCUGACCGGAUAUUAAACAUAACUACAUUUCGUAAAAAGCUUUUGUAAUUUUAGUGAAAAUAAUUGAAAACAAAAUUGACAGGGUUAUUUUUAUAUUUUUUUAUUUAAAAAUGAAGCGUAUAGACUUGAUUUUUUUGGGUGGGGAACUCGAGGGUUUCAGUGUCACGUAUGGAGAGUUUAACCUCAACCCAGAAGACCGAAGUAUGAAAUUUUGUGAUACAGAAUGUCAUUAUAUAUAUAUAUAUUAACACAAGUCAGGUAUUGCCACUAAUGUUAGCUGUCUUUCUCUUUAAUAGAUCAGCUUUAUUGUGAAUAAUGCAUUUAUGAGUACAAUACACUGACCCAUGCGAUGAGUUAGAAUGUUUGAAUGUGUUUAUAAACAAUAUACUGUUUGCAAAUGACAUGUUGCGCCGAGUGUCUGUCUUCGUUGUUUAAUAUGAAUGGUUGGUUAAAAGUCCCGAAUAUUUGGUUCUGAUGGUGAUGAACCUGAGGAGAGAAAUUGGUGCUAUUAACGCAGACUGAGAAGUUGUAUUUGUAAACCAACAACAAACUUUGGCUGCGUGUACCUACAACAGUUUUUCACAUUGCCAAAAAAUCUUCUUUUUUGCAAACAAAGGAAAGGGAAAUACAUAAACCGAAAAGGAGUUAAAGACAUUUAGUACCAGAACAGUCCGUUGGUUAUAUUGGGGCAAUGUUGGCUAUUUGGUGCUUUUUUGUAGUCUGUCUCCUUGUUUACAUUCAUGUUGACUUACCGCAAACCCCCAACCUGCAUGUCACCAGCCAGUAGACUGCACACGUAUAUAUUUUUAGUUUCCGUUCUGAAUAUUUGUAUUUUUGUAUAUUUUUGUAUAUGUGAGCAAAUAAAUAUAGGCAUAUAUAUAGAAAGAAAGAUUAACAGACUAUGUAAUUUCACACAAUAAAGAGUUUAAUCUGUUUA